CUAACUCCAGCUGCCAACAGAGCUUUUACAGACAGACAGACAGACAGACAGACAGACUAAGCACUAAGGAAAGAAAGAAAACAGUGUGGAUUCAAGUAUUGAGAGAAAGUGAAUGAUUGAACAAGAAAAGAAGAAGAGCAGGAAGAUUAAGAGAGCUAUAAAGUAGAGUAGCCGUUUGCUGACACUGAUAAAGGCCCUCCCCUUCAGGAGUUUGCAAGUGUAGUGCAUCUGUCUUUCCAUGUAGUAUCUUGGCCAAUCUGUGCUCUUGUGAAAACAUCAUAUAGCUUGAAAGUGUCCAUCAGAAUUGGUUGCCCUAACUGUUACCCUGUCAGAAAGCUAAAAUAUAAACUGCCAACACACUACAAUGGCUCCCAAAAAGAAGUCAUCUCACCCCAAGAAGUCUAUACCUGAACAGACAACAGUUGAGAGUGGAGUGGUGGUCCCAGAGCUCGGUGUUAAGAAGCUGAAGGUUCCUUUUAACAUUGAGCAGCUGAAUCGGCUUAAUGGGGUGCCCCUGCCAACCCCCGUGAUACGACCAGGGGAGAGGGGUUUUGGCCUGGGCAGUGAGCUCACUCGCCCCCUGCAUGGAUCUGCUCUGCUGGAGGAGCUGAGCCGCAUGAGGCAGGAAAGAUUCCUCACUGACAUGGAAUUGGCUUGCAAAACCAAAGCCUUUGAUGUUCACAAACUGGUUAUUUCCUCGGUCAGCCAGUAUCUUCGUGAAGUCCUGGCUAAGGACCCUGGACUCAAACGACUGGAGCUCCCUACCCUCUCACCUCUUGGACUUGCCAAUGUGAUUACUUUUGCUUACCUGGGCCGUGUGCACAUGUCCCUGUACACCAUUGGCUGCACUGUGUCUGCAGCCAGCACCCUACAGAUCCCACAUCUUCUUCAGAUGUGCAUGGACUUCCUGAUAGCCGAGCUGAAUGCUCACACUUGCGUGUAUAUAUGGAACAUAGGCGCUGCAUAUGGUCUGAUGCCUGUCAGUCAGGCCGCCCAACGCCACAUUAUGGAGAAUUUUACCCAGUUUGCUGAGACAUCCCAGUUCAACCAACUCACCUUUGAGCAGAUUACAUCCUUCCUCCAAGAUGACAACCUAGUUCUGCCCUCCGAGGUCACCACCUUCCAGGUGGCCAUGAAGUGGUUAGACUUCGACCCAAAGAGGCAGGAACAUUCUGCAGAACUGCUGUCUCACGUGCGCUUUGAGACCAUCCCUGCCAGCGAGCUGGUUAGCGAGAUCCAGCCUGUGGCACGUAUGAUGCUAGAUCCUCACUGUCACCGCCUGCUGGUGGAUGCCAUGAACUACCAUUUGUUGCCUUACCAGCAGAACACGCUGCAGUCUCGCCGCACAAAGAUCCGCGGCAGCCAAAGUGCUCUGCUAUCGAUUGGGGGUCGCCCUUCGCUAACAGAACGUGCCCUAAGUCGAGAGGUGUUGUGGAGAGAUCCUCGUGAGGGAAUGGCCACGUGGCGUCAUCUUACUCAACUGCCAGCGAAAAGCUUCAACCAGUGUGUGGCUGUGAUGGACGGAUUCCUCUAUGUGGCAGGAGGAGAAGAUCAAAAUGAUGCCAGAAACCAGGCCAAACAUGCUGUUGGCAUUCUAAGCAGAUACGAUCCUCGCUUCAACACUUGGCUACAUCUUACCAGCAUGCGCCAACGACGCACCCAUUUCAGUCUUGUUGCCACCUGUGGGCGACUAUAUGCCAUUGGUGGCCGCAACACUGAUGGCCUUCUGGCUACCAUUGAGAGCUAUCAGCCCUCUACCAACAGUUGGCAGCUCCGUACCCCGAUGGAUAUGCCACGAUGCUGCCACGCUAGUGCUGUCCUGCCAUCUGGAGACAUCCUGGUGACUGGUGGCUACGUCAACUGUGCUUACUCGCGCUCAGUCAUCCGUUAUAACAUUGAUUGCGACACCUGGAGUGAGCAGGGAGAGUUAGAAACACCCAGAGGCUGGCAUUGCUCUGCAACAUUAGGUGGCAAGGUGUACGUAGUAGGUGGCAGCCAGCUUGGCCCCGGUGGAGUCCGCACUGAUGUGAUGACCAUAGAGGUUUUCUCCCCUGAGACCAAGGAGUGGACAAGAGCUGCAACCCUGCCCCUGGGAGUGAGCACAGCUGGUUUAUCUCCACACGGAGAUCACCUGUACCUUCUGGGUGGAUGGAAUGAAGCCGAGAAGCGUUACAAGUCAGCCGUCCAGCGUUAUGACCCAGCCACUGACAGCUGGUCAGCUGUAGAAGACCUGCCGGAACCCAUAGUGGGGGUGUCCUGCUGUGCCCUACCUUUGCCCCCUCGCCACACAACUCGCAGGCACCGAAACACCCCAUCUCAUGAAGAUCAGACAUCACAGCAUUUCAAUGCAUGAGAAAAGAGAGCUGGAGAAAGAGCAAGAGAGACAGGGUGAGAGGGAGUGGUUAGUAAGACAGUAGAAAAGACAGCCGUAGAGAGAUGGACAUCUGGAGAGUAGAAAGUAAGAGUAACAGGUAAAGGAAAGACAAUGCACAGAAGACUUUUAAGUCUUGAUCUUAAACUCCAAAUAUACUUUUAGGUAAAAUGGGAGUUCAAGGAUGGCGUACUUCCAAGGGCCCAGUUAUAAAGAAUGUAAAAGCAUUUAACAAGACCCUCUGUUGUGUGAGAGAGAAUCAAUUCAGUGAGGUGUGUGCUUGAGUUUUUGUGAAUGAACUUUAGAAAUUGAGCCAUACAGUUCUAUUGAAAAUGUAUCAUGGGAUUGCCACAAACCAUGCUUAUUUCAAUAAUACUGAAUCUAGCAAUAAGCUCAUGGUAUUUAUUUGUAAUUCACAUUAUUUAUGGCUUUAUAUUUUAGGAAAGUUUCAAUUGUAUCUAUUUAGACAGCGUAACAGCAGCAAACGUGGAAAGAAUUGUAAUUACAAUGUUUUAAAUGCCAAGAGGUGCAGCACACAUCAAUCCCCUCAACGGACAUAAGAAAUUUGGCACCAAACCUUUGAUACUACACAGUGGAAAUUGCAUAAACCCACACUCCAUUCUGUAGACCUCCAAUCGACAAACAAAUUGCCAUGGCUUUGGUAUUUCCCUUUAAACCCAUUGAUACAGUUCUCAUUUAAAGUAAAAUUACAGGACCUGCCUUCCCGGAUCUCUGGAGUGGUCACCCUUAACUGACCUUUGCGGAUGUUGAUCUCAUAACCAGUGAAAAUACAAAACAUGGGAAAUAUUGCAAGGAACCUUGAUUGCAUCAGAAUAAUUGAAAAUAUGCAUUCACUGAAUAAAAGUCAAACCAAUUAAAACAA